CUUAAUUAGGGGGAAUGCAAGCCAUAAAAUUCAGAUUAAUUAUUUUUUUAUUUUAUUCAACAUCUUAGAAUUUUAAAUUUAAAUAUUAAUUGUACAAAUAAUUAUGAAAAUGGAAAAUUUGAACAGUGUAUAAUUAACAGAAGCGAUCUGUUGAGGUUAUGUAGUAUAAAAUUUAUUUAUAUUAAGGGAAUUUAAAUUUGAAAAAUAUUUGACCUGAGUUUGUUUAAGAUAAUUUAAGAACUGGGCUAUGUCGUGUCAUGUUAUGUACGUCGUUUAGUAGUGCAACCUCCGGAACUUUAAUGCGAUAAAAUUAAAUACAAACGAUGUAUAACCGUAAUGACAUAGAGGAAAAUAAUAUAAACCCUUACAAAGGCGAAAGUCUUGAGAGUAUAAGGGCUAAAUUAGAGGAGGAUCCUUGGAAUCAGGAUCUGUACACUCAGGGUAUGAAAUGUGCCUCUACACAAAACGAUUUUGAGUCUCUUGACUACUUCAGACGAGAGUUUAUUAAGUAUUGUAUAGCAGAUGACACAUUUUGGCUGUCGUAUUUGGAAGAAAAAAGGAUUUCCACCCCUAAACCGGAGCUUAUCAAGUUAUAUGAACUUGCUGUAAAAAACGAGCCUUCAGUCUACAUUUGGCUGUCAUAUUUAAGGUUUGUCUCUGGAAACAGUCACACAUUGUCUGAUUUUAACCAUUUGCGUGCUCUCUUUGAGUCAAGUUUGGAGGUUCUUGGCCUCCAUGCCCUUGAUGGGCCUCAGUUAUGGUCUGAAUACCGCCAUUUUGAGCAGGAAUUGAUUUCAAAGUUGCCUAGAGACCAGUACGGUGCUCAGAUUGAUAAGGUUAGAUCUCUAUUUUGCAGACAACUUGAACUACCCUUGGCUGGUUUACCAGACUUGCUUGAUGAAUACUUGGUAUGGGAGAGCGAAUUACCCUCUGACUACAGAAAACCAACUGCAGUGGCUGAAGCAGCGCACAAACGUGGCUUUGAGGGCUGGGAGCAGCGGAAAUGCUUUGAGUUGAAGAUUCAGUCGGACUUUCACGAGAUGAUGAGUCGAGAUAACAUGAACUCUUUAUGGAACGAAUAUAUUGAUUUUGAGCUUAAAUGUGGUGACAUGCCUAGGAUUAUGAUAACUUAUCACCGUGCUUUGGAUGAUUUGGGCUUUGAGCGUGACGAUUUAUGGAUUAACUAUGCAAACUACGCCCUUCAAACCAGUUACCAAAAGUCUCUGUACAUCUCCGAGCGGGCCUGCAGACACAUGCCCAGAUCAUUGAACAUUUGGAUUAACUAUUUUCUACUCGUUUCCUCGAAGUCUGAGACCGUUCAGGACAUACUUGACCUUUUGCAGAAGUCAACUACUGCUGUUAAGGAUGUUAAUCACAGGAUCAGUCUUCACAUAACUGCCGCAGAUUGUGUGAGGCGAAUUGACCUAAAAGACGUGAAGAACUGUCGGUACAUUCUCUUCAAGUGCUGGUCUGAUCUUGAUCCUGCGUUCAGAUCACGUGCUGUUUACAGGCUUUUAAGUUACUGGAGCAAGUAUGAACUUAAGCUUUUGUCCUUCAACGUGCCUUCUGAGUAUGAGCAAGCAGUUGGGAAACUCCUUGAAAGAUUUAAAAAUGACUCAUUUUGUUGGCUAUAUUUGAUUGACACUGUGAAAGGAUUAAAGCCUGAGAACCCAAACAUGCCAAAUAUUGUGACUACAAUUUAUAAGAGCUUCUGCUCACUUGUCAACUUCAAGUCAGACUUUGAGCCGACUUCCCUUCACACUCUUGUGAUUUGGCUUUAUGAACUUGCUGUUUCUGUUGUCAAUGUGGGUGACGUUGCCGAGGAGUAUAUUGAUUAUGUUCAAACUUCAGGCGUUGUAGAGGAUAUCAAAAGAGCCCACAAGGUUGUUGCUAGUCAGAGUACCCCAACAUCUAGGCCAGACGCUAUAAGUCUGAGUAAUAUUCUGAAGAGGGAUAGACGUAGGCGUAAGGUUGAAACCUUUUCUGAAACCUCUUCAGACAGUGGUAGUUUUUCAAGUAUUAUUAGGAGACACUAUAGUUUCCCUCCUGGCAUCAGGUCACCGACCAUAUCUUUGAAUGAGCCUGAGCGUUUCCACAGAUCUCCCAAAUUGGGGUUCAGAGAAUUUGAACUUAAAUCCCCCAAACUCUAUAGUAAAGACUUUGAGCACAGGACUAAUAAGCUCACAUUAAAGGAUGUUGAAAUUUUAACCAGGGCCACUUGGUACGGUUCUGAAAGUGCAGACCCUUCAAUCGCGCCUCCAGUUCCUCCUAAUGCUCCAAUGCCCCCACCAUCCUCGCCAGUAUUAUCUAGGAUUACUUCCAGACUCUCAAAUUCUGAUUCAUGCAGUCCUGAUGUCACUCCAGAACUUCGAUCCUCAAAGGAACCUACGCUUCCCCCACCUCUGGUCUUAACUUGUGAAUCCACUUUUAACAGGCGUGACCUUGGUCCUACGCUUCCAGGACUUGAUAUAUCGGCUAAAUUCCCAGAGUCAAUUUCAAACCUCGAGUAUAAGCUUAAUUUCUCAACCGCAGACUCUGAGUCACUUGGGGAUCGUGUCAGUAGUGAUGCUGACAGUCAAACUGACAGAGUUAACUCACCUAUUACAACUUAUUCUAAGGAUCCCCCAUCUCUUCAAACUUCUAAUACCUUGUUCAGUUCUACAAGCGAGUUACCAGUUCCUUCAGAAUUUAAUUUAUCUGGUGGUCACUAUCUUUUGACUAGGAAGAAUUGUAUUAUAAACUGGUUAAAGGGUGAUUCUGAGAAUUCAACUGCUUUUAUUUCCGGCUUUUCUCCUGACCAGCUUCCACAACUGACUGAGUUUUUCUCAGCUAUGCCUGGAUUUGUGGAACUUAGACCUACAAAGAGUAACAGAACCUGUUAUGUUGAGUUUUCAACAAAUUCUGAGGCUUUAUCUGCUGUUGAAUCCUGCAAAACUAAGUUCCCCACUCUUUCUGCUCAGCUUUCAAAACCUACAAAGCCUCUUUUUGAGGAGAAGGUCAUCUUCGUACGGAUGCUUAAUUCUAAGUAUAAUUUAACCAAGUUAAAGCUUGUUUUGACCAAUUUCUUCAACAUUAACGGCUUCAACGUCAAAGAAAUUCGUACCACCCACCCCUUCCAUACUGACAAUCCUGAUGAACUGCAUCGACUGGGAUUUUAUGUUGAGUUUGGCUUUGAGAACGCUUCUAAGUGUGUGAUUCACAAGUUCAUUGAUGAGUACGGCUGGCCUAUUACCAUAAACCACGACCAGCUGGAGUUUCAAAUUUUACCUUCAACUCCUAUGAUUAACAGGCCUGGUUCCAAUUUUCCUGAGCCCCAGCCUGGCUCUGCUUCAUCUCACUCUGAGGUUUCUGGUUCUGUUCAUCGAGAGUUUUACUUAUGCAAUUUGAACUACAGCACUGAUGAAACCCGGCUGCGGGAGUUCUUGGAGUCCAAGUUUGGUCCUGUUAAGAGCUUAAAGAUUUGCAGGGAUUCUGCUGGCAAAUCCAAGGGCUACGCUUUCGUUGAGUUUGUUAACGAUUUUGUUCUCUCUGAUCUUCUUAAAUCCACUUUAAUUCUUGAUGAUCGUAAGCUUUUCCUUUCCAGGACCAACUCUAGUCAGGACUCGCUCCUUUCUGAGCCUCCUAAACCUCUCACUGACCGCCACUCUAAAAACAAGUACAAGAAGCGUUACAGGGACUACAAACAUAGGCUGUUUGAGACUUACUCGAAGCUUAAGAAGAAAAUCAAGCUCAACUAACGCUCUAAUGUACUACUAAAUUU